GUGAGCUGUGAUUGGUCAAAGCUUGUCACAUGGUACAAGGCUUUUGUGAAUAGCCCUGUACCAUGUGAUCUCUGUGAUCAUUCACAGAUUUCACACAUAGUAAGCAAUGAUGUCAGAAGUGACAUCUUGCUUACUACUUUGCAUGUGAUCACGGAUUCGCCAAUCAGAUUUCUAAAAUAUCAGCUGCCUGGCUGUCCUAUGGAUCAAAGCAAUGAGCCAUUUUAGUAGCAGAGGAGCCAGUCUAAGGCUGGCCAUACACUCUACAAUUUUAUGUCCAAUUUGUGCCCAAUUGCCUUUAGAUUUACCUUCAACUAAGUAUUGCGGGAGCCUGCCUAA